AUGAAACACAUAUAUUGGAAUAGAAAAAUGUUCCAAAUGCGAAGGACAGAGUCAGUUUGUAUCUUCAUCUUCAUAAUCGGUUUUGGACACAUUUAUGGAUACGCUGAAAUUUCUUCAGACAAUGAGACCUACAUUCAACUUAGUACUUAUUGCAUACAGGCUACAGGAAAAACGUACAUAGAGUUCUUUGUCAAAUCUUCAGAGGAUGCUCAUGUUGCAUUAAUGACCAAUGACCUCUCCACACCACGCGACGAUUGGAGCCAGUUUUUUGAAAUCGCCAUUGGUACAUAUUCAAACAGCAGGUCUUGUAUUCGAGCACUAAGGCUUGAAUGUAAAGAAAUUGAAUAUCAUGGAAUAUUAAACAGUACUGAAUAUAUACAACUUUGGAUUAGCUGGGAUAAGAAUAACAUUCAACUGGGUAUUGGGCCCAGAACCGAUGGCAUUGCAGUUGUCAGUCAUCCUCACACCAUUUCAUAUGACGUCAACUAUCUUGCGGUGAUGUCGCAUUACUCUAGUUCGUGGAGAUUUUAUGAAGAGACAGACUGCAAGCCUGAAGAAUUCAACAAUACUUACAUCGUAACAAAUGAUACAAGAUGCAACGGAGUUACAAUUUACGCAUGUGCAAGUGGAUACAACCUAACUUCCGGCAACCUAACCCGAGUGUGCAAUAUUGGACCACAGUGGAUAGGCGACCCUCCGGUUUGUUCUGCAAUUUCAAUAUGCCCUGAGAUACUUUCAACCGCCUCUGUCAUCGUUUUAAGCCAAAACAUACAGAUUGGUGGAACACUGUUAAUGACAUGCGCAAAACACCAUGCAUUGGUUAUCGGUAACCUGUUAAGAACUUGCCUUCCUAAUGCAACAUGGGAUGGUGUGGAGCCUGUCUGUGAAGGUUGCCUUUUUCCGAGCGCAGCUGUAGGUUAUCAGUUUAACUCGACAGAAGAACUCAUCACAAGAAUGGAAGAAAUGAAGAAAGAGCUAAAAGUAGAAAGGGAGAAAACGAAUGCCUUUAUCCGGUCCAAGAUCAGUGUUAAAGACAACCGUACCUCCUCCACAGGAAUCGGUUUCGUCCUUGGCUGGGGUAUCAUAGGGUCCUUACUGAUGGCCAUAUGUUUGUGUGAUGCCGCACCCCUGUUGCGUCAUAUCAGGCAUGGCGUUUAA